AUGGAUCCUAGCACUACGAAUGGUGGCUUUGCUGUUCAGGCACCACCUCCCGCGAUCAACACCACGCGUCCCCAGGCUCAUAAGAAGCCUCACAGCGAAAAGAGGCGCCCUAUUGGAAAGAAGCCCGCGAACACAAAAUUCGUGUCUCAAGAAGAAAUUCGCGAGCAUAUCCAAAACUUUGUUGCAGUUUGGAAUAAGCUUUCUGAAGAUGAGAAGUCUGCUCUUCAGAAGGUCUUCUCGUAUAAUCCCAACACACUCUCUGCGAAGACACACGCAUUUGUCUACGGUACCCCUAAGAAGUCUCUUGCGGAUAGAAUAACCCCUUCCGUAAAAAUUGCAGUUCAGGAAGCGGAGAAGGAAGCCAGAAAGCUUGCUAAAGUUGAGAAGAGGAAGACAAUCCGUGCUCAGAAGAAUGGGGCAAAGGCUGUGGCUCAGCAUAUCCAGGGGAACGCACAACAGGUUUUGGCUACCGUUCAGGAGCCCAUUAUCCAGGAGCCUAAGGUUCAGGAAGCCAACUAUGGCUUCAACCCUGAGAAUUUCAAGGUUGAAACUGCGAACAAUACCGCUACUGAAGCUCCAGACAAGUCUGACAUAAUCGACUAUGAGGACUGA